GUACGUGCAGUUGCCCAAUGAAACGGGUACUUAGUAUAUAAUAAGAGGGGGCCCUGAAGACGACACCAGUCCAUCGAAUUCUUUCGUCUAACCACUCGCGAGCAGUCACCAAAUCAAGCAAAAUGAUCGCCAAAUUUUUCACUGUCUUCGCCCUCACCAUCGCCGCUACCCACGCUGGAAUCACACCAUUUGCUGCCGCUCCUGCUGCUCUCGUGGCCCCAGCAGUAGCACCAGCAGCAUACGCAGUGGCUCCCUAUGCUAGCUCAUACUCCGCUCACGCUGUCAACCACGCAGUUGCAGCCCCUGUCGUCGCUCCAGCUCCCGUCGUUGCUGCUGCCCCUUACGUUGCCGCGCCAGCAGCACCGUACGUCGCCGCGCCAGCAGCACCUUACGUCGCCGCUCCAGCAGCACCUUACGUCACAGCUCCCGCCGCCUACAGCCCUUACUUCGCUAGAUACGCCUCCGCUCCCUACUUCCUAUAGACAAAAUUUGGUUUGAUCAUUGCCUAGUGACUUGCUCAAAAUG